UGCUGCGGCUCUUCGGAACCAUCGACUCGUUGCCGUCUCCGAACGCCGACCUGAUCGACCUUGACCGGAGGAGGCAAAUACUAUGGGUCAAGCCUUUCGCAAGCUCUUCGAUAGUUUCUUCGGCAACACCGAGAUGCGGGUUGUGAUGCUUGGCCUGGAUGCAGCUGGUAAAACCACCAUACUCUACAAAUUGCACAUUGGAGAAGUAUUAUCAACUGUCCCUACCAUCGGUUUCAAUGUGGAGAAAGUACAGUAUAAGAAUGUCAUAUUCACAGUUUGGGACGUUGGUGGGCAAGAGAAACUCAGACCUUUGUGGAGGCACUACUUUAAUAAUACGGAUGGGCUGAUCUAUGUUGUUGAUUCACUGGAUAGGGAGAGAAUUGGAAGGGCCAAAGCAGAAUUUCAGGCUAUUAUCAAUGAUCCUUUCAUGCUCAACAGUGCCAUCCUGGUGUUUGCGAAUAAACAAGACAUGAAAGGAGCCAUGGCACCAAUGGAAGUGUGUGAAGGCUUGGGUCUCUUUGAUCUUAAGAACAGAAAAUGGCACAUACAGGGGACUUGUGCACUCAGGGGAGACGGGCUUUAUGAGGGCUUGGACUGGUUAUCAGGAACCCUAAAGGAGAUGAGAGCGGCUGGGUUCUCUUCUGUUGGAACCUCAUCCUUCUAGUAGUUAAGGUCUGCAAAAUGAUAAUCUGACAUUCCUGUAGUUGCUCAUUGGAAGUCACUGAAGAGCUUUCUCUGAAUUUUUUCGGUCAUUAAAAGGUGAAUGAAGCUUGCUUAUUCCUCGCCUCGUGUAUUGUUGGAAUUCAGUAGUCCCGUGUACUUCUCAUAUGCAAAGCCACUAUCAGGUUGCUGAAUUGUAUACCCUUGACUAAUCAGGGAUUUGGACAUACCGUAGAUGCUUUUUACUGUGUAUAUUUUGUAUAAACUCUCUCUCUCUCUCU